CUCAAUCUGUUAGCUAUGACUGGCCAAGAUUUGGAAGUGGAAAAUCUUCCCAUUCCUGCAACAAACGUGAUUGUUGUGACACUGCAAAUGGAUGUAAACAAGCUGAAUAUCACAUUGCUUCGGAUAUUUCGCCAAGGAGUGGCAGCAGCACUGGGGCUCUUACCUCAGCAAGUUCAUAUCAACAGACUUAUUGGGAAGAAGAAUUGUGUGGAGCUGUUUGUGUCACCACUGAACAGAAAGCCAGGAAUUUCUGAGGCACUCCCAUCAGAAGAAGUGCUGCGUUCUCUUAACAUCAACAUUUUGCAUCAGAGUUUAUCCCAGUUUGGAAUAACGGAGGUCUCUCCUGAGAAAAAUGUUUUACAAGGCCAGCAUGAAGCAGACAAAAUCUGGAGCAAAGAAGGAUUUUAUGCGGUUGUCAUAUUUCUCAGCAUCUUUGUCAUUCUAGUAACUUGUUUAAUGGUUCUGUACAGAUUAAAGGAGAAGAUCCAGUUGUCACUGAGACAAGAGAAGGAAAAGGAAAAGAAGCAGGAGAUCCACCUCUCACCCCUUCCCCUGCAGACAUCUCAGUCUAAGACCACCAACAGCAUGGUCCAGCCUGAACAGGCUCCAAAGGUUGUUAAUGUUGUAGUGGACCCUCAAGGCCAAUGUGUUCCUGAGCUCAAACCUCCUCUGUGUGCCAGUCCUUCUCCUUUCAGAAUGAAACCUGUGGGGCUCCAAGAAAGACGAGGAUCCAAUGUCUCACUGACUUUGGAUAUGAGCAGUUUGGGAAGUGUUGAACCUUUCAUCACUGUGCCAACCCCACGAGAAAAAGUAGCAAUGGAAUACCUACAGUCAGCCAGCCGCGUCCUGACACGGCAGCAGCUUCGAGACGCAGUUGCAUGUUCUCAUUCACUUCAAACAGAAUUCAUGGAAAUACCAAUGAAUUUUGUGGAUCCCAAAGAAAUUGACAUCCCAAGUCAUGGAACUAAAAAUCGCUAUAAAACAAUUUUGCCAAAUCCCCUAAGCAGAGUGUAUUUGAAACCAAAAAAUCCAUCUGACUCCUUGAGCACCUACAUAAAUGCUAACUACAUUAGGGGAUAUGGAGGUAAAGAGAAGGCUUUCAUUGCAACCCAGGGACCCAUGAUUAAUACCGUGAAUGAUUUCUGGCAGAUGAUUUGGCAAGAAGACAGCCCUGUCAUUGUUAUGAUCACAAAGCUGAAAGAAAAAAACGAGAAAUGUGUGCUUUAUUGGCCAGAAAAAAGAGGUAUCUAUGGGAAGGUUGAAGUUCUUGUUAACAGUGUACAAGAAUGUGACAACUAUACUGUCCGUCAGCUUACAAUAAAGCAAGGGAGUCAGUCCCGGAGUGUGAAACACUACUGGUAUACAUCCUGGCCGGACCACAAAACUCCUGACAGUGCUCAGCCUCUGCUGCAGCUCAUGUUGGAUGUAGAAGAGGACAGGGUGGAAUCACCAGGCAGAGGGCCUGUCGUUGUGCACUGCAGUGCUGGUAUAGGAAGAACUGGAUGUUUUAUUGCCACAGCCAUUGGUUGUCAGCAGCUGAAGGAGGAAGGAGUUGUAGAUGCAUUGAGUAUUGUCUGUCAGCUACGAGUGGAUCGGGGUGGAAUGGUUCAGACCAGCGAACAGUAUGAAUUUGUGCACCAUGCACUGAGUCUGUAUGAAAGCAGACUUUCUGCAGAAGCUGUCCAGUGAAGCCAAGGAGGGUAAAACCAAGUGUCAGUCUCUUGAGGUAAUAUGUUUCAUUACCUACCAGCAGCUUCUUCAAGGAGUUUACUGCAGUGGGAAGAGUGGCUUUGAGGCCCAACUUCUGAAAGGAUUGUGGACAGUUUGGCAAAAGUAUAGAGAUUGCUGGACCCUUACUGUACAUGAAUGUAUUGUGAGCUUCCUAAAAAUGAUUUAUAAAGAAGGUAUCGUACUGAACUACACGUGGAUUUUGCAUAUAUAUCUAAAGGUGGGUUUAAUUGUGUAAUACUGAUAACUGCCAUAUGGAAUGUAUGUAUGUGCUGCUGCUGCAGUCGGAUGGACAUUGGAACUUCUACAGAAGAAAUGUUUAUCAAGUGUAUAAAUGCUUUAACGUUUGCAAACUGUCUUGUGAAUGGACUGUCAAGUGUACUGUAAAGUGCUAUUACUGAUUAUGUGGUGAGCUUGUUUCUUGGCCACAUAAUAUUCUUGCUGCUAAAAUUGCAAGUGUUCAAUUAUGGAUUAAAACAAAAAAUGAAAUCAUAAAAAGAUUGAACGUCUUGUUUUUGAAAAUAUUCAAAGGCAGUUACUAUUUUAUACGGAAAUAUACUUUCUUCAUACUAUUAGCUAUUAAAUGUGUAUCAACUCUAGGUCCUACAGAGCAGUUGCAGAGCACAACGUCCGUUAUUUGAUGUAUACGUAUUUGCCCUAUACUGUUGAUUGUCUUAGAACACGCUUCUGCUGCACAGGCCCUAAUCCAGUGUAUUUGUAAAUUGUGUAAG